ACACCGCCAGUUUUCCGCAGCUAGAUUUGCGAGCCCAGGUAUGGACCUUCAGCAAAGUUCUUCGUGGUGGAUCAUCAUCUUUCUCUCGCUUUGCACUUUCACACAGUGUAGAUUAUUGCAUAAUCCCGCCUCCAGCACAGGAAUGCCCUACAGCCCAAGGAGAUUUAACGUGCAUCAGAUCCAGCCUGAAUCGACUAAGGUGAAACAGCAGCAAAGUGCAGAGCCCAAGACGCGUCCUCAACGAGCUGUAGUGGUCAAGUGUCAUGCGGAUUCGCUGGAGGUUGUGGUGCAGGCUGACCUGUUUUACACAGGCCUUCUUGUGGAGAGCAGACAUUUACAGCUGGGCUCAGAUUCAGUGAGCAAAGGGAGUGCAUGCCGAGCAGUCCCAUCCGGAGUGGCAGAAUUCACCAUUCAUGUCCAGCUGAUGGAUUGUGGCACUAAACUAUCUUCCACAAAUGAGAAGCUUGUCUAUUCCAACAUUCUUGUGUACUCACCUGAACCUUCUCCUGAUGGUGUGCUUCGACUGGAUGGAGCAACUAUUCCAGUUGAAUGUCAUUAUGAAAAAAAGUAUGCUAUGGAUGGCAUUGCCCUGCAACCCACCUGGGUACCUUUUGGAUCUACAGCCACAGCUGAGGACCAAAUAGACUUCAAUCUACGACUCAUGACUGAUGACUGGCAGUUUGAGAGGGGUUCUCAUGCCUAUUUUAUGGGUGACCCCAUUCAUCUGGAAGUAUCUGUCAUUGUGGGUAACCACAUGCCCCUUCGAGUCUAUGUAGACCGUUGUGUUGCCACAGCGACUCCCGAUGCAGAGGCUAUCUUAAGAUAUGACUUCAUUGAACAUAAUGGAUGUCUUGUUGAUGCUUAUUUGACGGGCUCCAGCUCCCAUUUCCUGCCAAGAGUUCAGGAACAUAAGUUGAGAUUCCAGCUGGAUGCAUUUAGGUUCUACCAGGAGUCUUCCAAUCUGAUAUAUAUCACCUGUUAUGUGAAGGCUGUCCCGGCCUCAGUAGCAACCAACUCUAAGAAUAGGGCCUGCUCUUUCAUCGACAACAGAUGGCAGUCAAUAGAUGGGAAUGACCAGGGUUGUACAAGCUGUGACAUCACCAGGCGGUCAGUUGAGUCUCAGCUCACAGAGGCCUCCCAAAGUGCCAUCAUCACCACCACCACCCAGCCUGACCUCACUACACAGGACACUGUUGUCCGGAACAGGCCCUCAAAAAACCCAGCCAACUAUGUUCGACUCCGUCCAGGCAUGUACCAGACCAAGUUGAACAAAGGUCUGCCAUCUUCAUCCUCUGCUGGAUUGAUGAAGAGAGGAGUAGAUUCCAAGGAGGAGAGGACUAAGGCCACCCACUUGGGACCACUGGUCAUCCUGCCAUCCAGCAAAGUUGCCACAGAGGUAGCUAUUUUGACUGCAACAUUUCCCCCAAGAGCAGCAUUACCUGAGUCUGUGAAAACCUGAGACUUCAUCACUGCUACCUUCAAAGCAAGGAAACACAUUAAACAGGCAACACAGAGGUCCUCAAGGCCUAAGCAUUUUGAAUGACACAAACAUUGCUAUGAAUACAGCUAAGAUUAUUCCAGUCAUAUCAUAUGCCACCUCUCUUGAACAAGAAUUUACAUGUCUUGGACUAGGUAAACCUCAUUGAUAACCAGCAAAACUCACUGGGCUGUUCCUCCCUUUAUAUAGGGGAAAACACCCUUUCAUUUGCAGCACAUGCAUAGUAAUGUGUUUUCCAAUAAAUAUUUUACAACUGUACCAUGAUUUGGCUUUAUUAACAGCUAUUUUAGCGAAAUGUGUGUGUUUCCAUUAUUGCAUAUAUGAUGUUCACAAAAUCCAGGAAUAUCCUAUACAAUGUGAUCAAGAACUCAUACUUGUGGCAAACACUGAGUUUAUUAUGUGGGUUUUGAGCACAUUUUAUCCAUACAGGAGAGAUUUAUGUGUAUAAAUAUAUACUGUAUAUCCA